AAACAAGCUCCUUUAAACUAGGCAGAAAGAAGAAUAAGCCAUGUGAAUUUUGGAAUAAUAUCCAUAAAGAUCCUAAACGAAAGUGAAAUCAAUUAAUUCUCCAGCUAUUUUUAAAAUACAACACCCAAUAACGUGUUUGAUAGUUUAAUAUUAAACUCCGUUAUAAGGUUUACCUGUUUCCACCCUCACCCAGCACUUGCUGACACCAUCAUCCGUAACUCUUCGGAUCGGCUUCCGUGAUCCUCUCUGCAGGCUCGUUAAACCUUUUUUGAACAAAAACGACAGCAACCACGCCUGCCGCAUCUUCUCCAGUCGCCUCCCAUUAUCUUCCUUUCCUAUGACCACCACCAGCUCUCACCAUCCCAGUUCGAGCCCGGCUCUCAACCUAUCCCUUGGCCCCUCACACUAACAUAUUCAUACAUCUUUACCAAUAUCAAAUUAAAGACGAUGUCUUCUUCACGGUUAAACCGUGAGAAUUAUCAAAUUCCACUGGAGGAGAUAAAAAGUGCCACCGAAAACUUCAGUCCGCAAAGAUGUAUAGGUGGUGGUGGAUUUGGUGAAGUCUAUAAAGGAAAACUCUGGAAACGUGGGCGAAACCGCACAGUUGCUAUCAAGCGACUGGGUAAGGACAGCCACCAAGGAGAGCAUGAGUUCCGCAACGAGCUUGAGAUGAUUCGCAGAUUCGACCAUGAGAACAUAAUCUCUUUCAUUGGCUACUGUGAUGAAGACAGUGAAAUGAUUAUAGUUUAUGAGUAUGCUGAAAAUAGAAGCCUCGAUCAUCAUCUCGGCGACCCAAAUAAGAUCCGUCACAUAACAUGGAUGCAACGCCUGAAUAUUUGCAUAGGGGCAGCAAAAGGACUCAAUUACCUCCACUCCGGUCUUGGUGAGCACAACAGAGUAAUACAUAGAGACGUCAAGAGUGCUAAUAUAUUGUUAGAUAACAAUUUUGUGGCAAAAAUUUGCGAUUUUGGUUUGUCGAAAUCGGGUCCUAGAAAUCAGCCAGAUACCAAACUCUAUACAAAGGUUGCGGGUACAAAGUUUUACUUAGAUCCCACCUACCAUGAAAGCCGCAUACUCCAAAAAGAAUCAGAUGUAUACUCGUUUGGCGUGGUACUCUUUGAAGUCCUGAGUGGGAUGCUGGUUUAUAAUGGAAGGAGCAUUGGAGAUCAGCAACAGUUUCUGAUGACUUUGGUCCGAGGAUACCAUGAUAAUGAACCACACAAGCUAAUUGAUCCUUAUAUAAGAGAUCAAAUUGACAGUCGUUCUUUUGAUACUUACAAAGAAAUAGCAUACCAGUGCAUAAGCUAUGAUUUAAUGGAGCGUCCCACGAUGGAUGAUGUCAUUAACAGGAUUGAGGAAGCAUUAACUAUCCAAAUGGCCGAGCAUUCUUCUGUCUCCACUCCUGCAUACAAUUCGAUGACAGAAAGUCUCCUUCAUAAGCUUAAUUCUGUCAAUCCUUACGACCUGUGGAUCGCCUCCAGUGAAAUCUCCCGCCUUACAAAAACAAAUCACGAAAACCGAGUUGCUUUUGCCAAAGCCGAGGCAAUCUCUCUACUGACAAACCUCCUCACAUCAAUGGAUUCAUGGAUUCAGGAAAACGCAGUGACUUCUCUUUUUAAUCUCUCAGUUUAUGAAAAGAACAAAGCCAUCAUGGUGUCUUUCGGAGCUGUCCGGGGGAUUGUUUAUGUGCUCAGCAACGGUAGCAUGGUAGCACGGGAGAACGCAGCGGCUACCCUUUUCAGCCUCUCUGUAAAUUAUAACAAAGAUGUAAUCAUUGGUUCUGCAGGAGCUGUCUCACCUCUUGUGUUACUGUUGAGUGAAGGUAGUGAGAGAGGUAAGAGGAUGGCAACAAAUGCAUUGUUUACGUUAUGCAUACAUGAGGAUAACAAAAUAAGGGCGCUGAAGGCCGGUGUAGUCCCAUUGUUAAUGGAGCUUCUUACAGAACCACAUGGUGUUUUGAAGGAGAAAGCGAUAGCCAUUUUAGCUGUACUCUCAAUCCACGUGGAAGGGAGGCUGGCUAUUGGUAAAGUAGAAGUGGUGCCCAUUCUGGUUAAACUUAUUGGGUGUGGAUCACCGAGGAACAAAGAGAAUGCUGCUUUAGUUUUGGUUGAACUUUGUUUGGGAGAUCAGAAGUAUUUGGCGGAGGCUCAAGAACUUGGAGUUAUGGAUAAAAUGAUGUAUUUGUUGGAGCAUGGUACGGAUAGGAGAAAGAGAAAAGCCAAACAGUUGCUACAAAAAAUAAAAGACCAACGCCAUGGCCAUUUCCAAUCUGACACGAAGUAGCUGUUGACAGGAAGGCUUUCAGUGUCCGAUAAGUGGGCCAUUGAAUAAAAAGGUAACGGGAAAAGCCGCAGGUUUAAUAUUCCUUAAGGUGAUACACAAAAUAGUAGCGUCAUCGCGAAGUCGAACAAUGGCGACUAUGUUGAGGUUUAAUAUUCAUUUUGGACAUUCGUGAUGACUUGGUGGCAGUGUCCGGUGUGAAAACGGUCGAUAGAGCAAAUGUGGAGGAACCGGAGCUAAAGUUGUUUACUAAAGGAUAGGAUAAGAUCCGAUAGGCAUUUGAUGGAAGAGUUGAAAUGGUUAGCCCGUAGACAUGACUAAUCCAAUGCAACUUAUGUUCUUAGGGCAUCAACAAUGCAUUAAACUUAUUAGAGUUUAAUCGAUUCACACAUCAUCAUUUUACUUAUUAUAUAACUCUA